UUUUUUAUUUUUCAAAAACGAGGCAGAGGCGCAAAGAAACACCAACAUUUAUUAAUUUUUUUGUUUAAUUUAACAAAAAAUAGACAAAUUACUAUAUUUUAAAUAAAAAAAACAUAUACCAAAUAACAUAAUGAAGCGAUUAAGUGAUGAAAGAGCUAAAAUUCUCUUCGAAAAACUUUCCAAAUACGUCGGCAACAAUGUUAAACAACUAAUUGACCGUCCAGAUGGAACAUACUGCUUCCGUGAACAUCGAGAUCGUGUUUAUUAUGUCUCCGAGCGAAUUCUCAAGCUCUCCGAAUGCAUGGGCCAAGAGCGCUUAAUUUGCGUUGGAACAUGCUUUGGCAAAUUCUCAAAAACCAACAAACUUAAGUUCCACAUCACUGCUUUAUAUUAUUUGGCUCCUUAUGCUCAAUACAAAGUUUGGGUUAAGCCUUCCUUCGAACAACAGUUUCUCUAUGGAAAUCACAUUCCAAAGAACGGAUUGGGUCGUAUUACAGAAAACACUGGCCAAUAUCAAGGAGUUGUUGUUUAUUCAAUGAACGACUUGCCACUUGGAUUCGGUGUGACUGCGAGAUCAACGACGGAAUGUAAAACGGCUGAUCCACUUGUGAAUGUUUGCUUCCAUCAAUCGGAUAUUGGAGAGUAUAUUCGAUCAGAAGAUACACUCUUCUGAAAAGUGGUCAUUAGUUCUAUAAUAAGGUUGAGUAGGAUUAAGAUUGUGCAGUCAAAUGAAAAUAUUAAACAGACAAUUAUUAAAUUUUUAAUAUCAAUGAAUAAAUAA